AUGAAGAAAGAAGAGGGUUUGAUACCGAAUGUCGAGGUGCGACAAAACACAGCUCUGCAGCAACAAAUUAUUGAAAAUAGGAACCCAGUCCUACCAAUAAUUGAAACAGUAAUUUUUUGUGGUCGGCAGGGUAUACCACUUCGAGGCCAUCGAGACCACGGGAAGCUUAAUUUGGAAAUUUGUCCUGUUGAAAAUGAGGGAAACUUCAGAGCUCGUCUGAGAUUCAGAGCCAAUUCUGGAGAUGAGGCUCUGAAAAAACAUUUAGAAAAAGGUUCGAAAAAUGCACUUUACCUCUCACCAAAAACACAAAAUGAAAUUAUUUUGGCUCUUAACGAUAUAAUGUUGAAGAAAUUGAUUGAGAUGGUCAAUUCCGCGAAAUCUUCUACUGUUCUUGCUGAUGGAACGACAGACAUCUCAACACAAGAACAAGCAUCAAUCGGCGUUAGAUACCUAUACAACAAUGAUAUUAAAGAAGAUUUCCUUCAGUUUGUACCUGUUUCUGAUUUAACUGGUAAAAACCUUGCGACAGUCAUUUUGAAAUCAUUACGCGAGUUUGGAAUUGAUACAAAGUAUUUGAGGGGGCAAGGAUAUGAUGGGGCCGCUGCAAUACGUGGAAAAUUCAACAGAGCACAGGCAUAUGUAAUGGAAGAGCAUCCGACUGCAAUAUAUGUCCAUUGUAUAUCCCAUAGCUUAAACCUUGCUAUAAGUGUUCAUGUUCAAUUUCUGAGAUCAGAAAUAGCUGUGGGACUGCAACAAAACUAUGUGUGUUUUUUAACACCCCAAAAAGAAUGGAGGUUAUUACAACAGCAAUUGAUAAACUGUUCCCUGAAGCCAAAUCUACUCGUCUAA